AUGAUUGUGAGAAUCCCGAUUAAAAAGGAACUAAUAAGAAGAAGAAUUCCGAUGAAUAAUCAGUUAUGUUUAAGAUGUGGGAUACAAGAGGAAACGGUUGAUCAUGUGAUAUGCGGAUCUACAUCAUCAAAAUCUGUUUGGAAAAAGAUUCUCGUUUGGCUAAAAAUACCAACGUCCACUGAAUUCUGCGGGUGUAGAGAAGCUUUAGAGUACGUUAACGACUUAACUGGAUCAAACGAGUGGAAGAAAGUCAUUAGAACAGUGUUUCAAACAACUGUGUGGAAUAUUUGGAAGUCUCGAAAUGAAAAGGAGUUUGAAGAUAAACUGCGAACCAGCAACGAUAUAGUAGAAACGAUAAUGGCAGAUAGCUUCAUUUGGUUAAAAAGCAGGGCGAAACUUAAUGAUAUUGUAUGGGUGAGAUGGACGGACUUUAAUAUUAGAGAUUUAGUGAGUUAG